AGCUGAGCUGCCCUUUGUUUCUAGAUUUGCCGAAUAGUACGGAAGCUACCGGCGCGAAUCUAUACUGUAAGUCACGCUCUAAACACGCCACAAUGAUUGUAGAACACAUGACGUCAUGGCGGACUUUUAAACCGAUACAUUUGUAACCGUUACAGAACGCGGGUAAGUUGAUUAUGUCGCCGGUCUGCUGCGCUCGGAUCAGGCGACAUCGCACUACCACAGCAGCGGCAGAAUGAAUGAAUGCGUUUUGGGAAUGUAACGCGAGCGGGGGACCGGGGUCAAGCGUACGGGAGGCGGUUUUUUUUAAAAACAGAUACAGAACACUGUUUUUCUGCCUCUCACUUCUUCCGGCUCUGCUGAGAGAUGUCCACUCCUGACCCACCUAUGGGCGGGACCCCUCGGCCGGGCCCUUCCCCAGGCCCUGGGCCAUCUCCAGGGGCCAUGUUAGGGCCUAGUCCUGGACCCUCACCUGGCUCUCCCAUGGAAGGCAUGCAUGAGAGAGUCAUUCCUGAAGAUCAACGCUACGCUCAAAUGAAGGGUAUGGGCAUGAGACAGGGUGGGCACAGUGGCAUGGGACCUCCACCCAGUCCUUUGGACCAACACUCUCAGGGCUACCCCUCUCCUCUGGGUGGUUCUGAACAUGCCCCCAGUCCGGGACCUGCUAACGGCCCUCCGUCAGGCCCCAUAAUGCCUACUGGUUCUGGUGCCAUGGAGGGCGGUGACCCACAGGCCAUGGGUCAGCAGAACCGCAGUGGUGGUGUUGCAGGUUCAGGACCCAGUGGAGGACCUCCAAAUGCAGGUGGACCUGGUGGAGCCGGCGGGCCCACUCCUUUUAACCAAAACCAGCUUCACCAACUGCGGGCACAGAUCAUGGCCUAUAAGAUGCUGGCACGCGGGCAAUCUCUACCUGACCACCUACAGAUCGCGGUGCAGGGAAAACGGCCCAUGCCAGGCAUGCCGCAGGGGAUGCCCAACAUGCCCCCUGCCUCAGGACAAGGAGCAGGACCACCUGGACCAGGAGGCCCCGGACCUGGGGGACCCAACUACAACAGACCACAUGGAAUGGUUGGACCAAACAUGCCACCUCCAGGACCUUCUGGUGUUCCUCCAGGCCUGCAGGGACAACCCACCAAUGGACCACCUAAAUCUUGGCCUGAAGGGCCCAUGGUGAAUGCUGCCGCCCCUGCAAGUGCACCACAGAAGCUGAUACCUCCUCAGCCCACGGGACGCCCGUCUCCAGCACCACCUUCAGUUCCUCCCACUGCCUCGCCCGUCAUGCCCCCUCAGACCCAAUCUCCAGGACAACCGACGCAGCCGCCCAUGAUGCUUCAUCAGAAACAGAACCGCAUCACACCCAUCCAGAAACCCCGGGGCCUGGACCCAGUGGAGAUCCUCCAGGAGAGAGAGCACAGGUUACAGGCUCGUAUUUCUCAUCGUAUUCAGGAGCUGGAGAACCUUCCAGGCUCUCUGGCUGGAGACUUGAGGACCAAAGCCAAUAUUGAGCUCAAGGCACUUAGGCUCCUGAACUUUCAGAGACAGCUCCGCCAGGAGGUCGUAGUGUGCAUGCGGCGUGACACGGCCCUAGAGACAGCGCUCAACGGCAAGGCCUACAAGCGCAGCAAGAGACAGUCCCUGCGUGAGGCUCGUAUCACAGAGAAACUGGAGAAGCAGCAGAAGAUCGAGCAGGAACGCAAGCGCCGUCAAAAACACCAGGAGUAUCUCAACAGCAUCCUGCAGCAUGCAAAGGACUUCAAGGAUUAUCAUCGCUCCAUCACCGCAAAGAUCCAGAAGGUGACCAAAGCCAUAGCCACAUACCACGCCAACACGGAGAGAGAGCAGAAGAAGGAGAAUGAGCGUAUUGAGAAGGAGAGAAUGAGAAGGCUGAUGGCUGAAGAUGAAGAGGGUUACAGGAAGCUGAUCGAUCAGAAGAAGGACAAACGUCUGGCUUACUUGCUGCAGCAGACGGACGAGUAUGUGGCCAACCUCACCGAGCUCGUCAGAGCUCAUAAAGCUGUCCAGGCCCUCAAAGACAAGAAGAAGAAGAAGAAAAAGAAGAAGCCAGAGAAUGCUGAGAGUGGAGCUCCUGCUCUGGGUCCAGAUGGAGAGCCUCUUGAUGAGACCAGUCAAAUGAGUGAUUUACUGGUGAAGGUGAUUCACGUAGACAGUGGGAAGAUCCUCACCGGCAUGGACGCUCCUAAAGCUGGACAACUGGAUGCCUGGCUGGAGGUGAAUCCAGGGUACGAGGUGGCCCCGCGGUCUGAUAGUGAAGAUAGCGGCUCGGAGGAGGAGGAAGAUGAUGAGGAGGAGCAGCCUCAGACCUCUCAAUCUUCAUCAGAGGAGAAGAAAAUAUUUCCAGAUCCAGACAAUGAGGAUGUGUCUGAGGUGGACGUCCGUCACAUCAUUGAGCAUGCCAAGCAGGAUGUUGACGAUGAAUACGGUAAUGCCAGGUUCAUUAGGGGCCUGCAGUCGUACUACGCCGUGGCUCACGCAGUCACAGAGAAGGUGGAGAGACAGUCAAGCCUGUUAAUAAAUGGACAGCUCAAACAGUACCAGAUCAAAGGUCUGGAGUGGCUGGUGUCUCUGUAUAACAAUAACUUGAAUGGCAUUCUGGCUGAUGAAAUGGGUUUGGGAAAAACCAUCCAGACCAUUGCACUCAUCACCUACCUCAUGGAGUACAAACGCCUCAACGGACCCUUCCUCAUAAUCGUCCCCCUCUCGACUCUGUCGAACUGGGUGUACGAGUUUGAUAAGUGGGCUCCAUCUGUGGUGAAAGUUUCUUAUAAGGGCUCUCCUGCUGCUCGCCGCGCAUUUCUUCCCAUUUUGCGCAGCGGCAAGUUCAACGUGCUGAUCACCACUUACGAGUACGUCAUCAAAGACAAGCAAGUGCUGGCCAAGCUCCGUUGGAAGUACAUGAUAGUGGAUGAAGGUCACCGUAUGAAAAAUCACCACUGUAAACUGACUCAGGUGUUGAACACACACUACCUGGCACCUCGUCGUGUGUUGCUCACCGGCACGCCACUGCAGAACAAGCUGCCUGAACUGUGGGCGCUGCUCAACUUCCUGCUGCCCACCAUCUUCAAGAGCUGCAGCACCUUUGAGCAGUGGUUCAACGCUCCAUUCGCCAUGACCGGAGAGAAGGUGGACCUGAACGAAGAGGAGACCAUUCUGAUCAUCCGUCGUCUGCACAAAGUGCUCCGCCCCUUCCUGCUCAGGAGACUCAAGAAGGAAGUGGAGGCCCAACUGCCAGAGAAGGAAUCUUUCUCUGAGCACUUGGGCUUCACUGGAGGCAUUGUUCAGGGACUUGAUUUGUACCGUGCCUCUGGUAAGUUUGAGCUGCUGGACCGUAUCCUACCGAAGCUCUGCGCCACCAACCACAAAGUGCUGCUCUUCUGUCAGAUGACCUCGCUCAUGACCAUCAUGGAAGACUACUUUGCCUACCGCAACUUCAAAUACCUGCGCUUGGACGGAAGCACUAAGGCUGAGGAUCGUGGCAUGUUGCUGAAGAACUUUAAUGAUCCGUCCUUUCAGUACUUUAUCUUCUUGCUGAGUACCAGAGCAGGAGGUCUGGGGCUGAACCUGCAGACUGCCGACACUGUUAUCAUCUUUGACAGCGACUGGAACCCUCACCAGGAUCUGCAGGCCCAGGAUCGCGCCCAUCGUAUCGGGCAGCAGAAUGAGGUGCGUGUGCUGCGUCUGUGCACCGUGAACAGCGUGGAGGAGAAGAUCCUGUCCGCUGCCAAAUACAAGCUGAACGUGGACCAGAAGGUCAUCCAGGCCGGUAUGUUCGACCAGAAGUCGUCCGGCCACGAGCGCAAAGCUUUCCUGCAGGCCAUCCUGGAGCACGAAGAGCAGGAUGAGGAGGAAGAUGAAGUGCCAGAUGACGAGACCGUUAAUCAGAUGAUCGCUAGAAGCGAGGAAGAGUUCGAUCACUUCAUGCGCAUGGAUCUUGACCGCCGCCGUGAAGAGGCACGUAACCCGAAACGCAAACCCCGGCUGAUGGAGGAGGAUGAGCUGCCCACCUGGAUCAUGAAGGACGACGCAGAGGUGGAAAGGCUCACCUGCGAAGAAGAAGAUGAGAAGAUGUUUGGCCGUGGCUCCCGUCAAAGAAAAGAAGUGGACUACAGUGACUCCCUCACGGAGAAACAGUGGCUGAAGGCCAUUGAGGAAGGCACCCUUGAUGAGAUUGAAGAAGAGGUGCGCUACAAGAAAACGACUCGGAAAAGGAAGCGGGACCGGGACCGUGACCGUGACCUCGACCUUCCAGGCCCGGUCACGCCUAGCUCCAGUGGGCGAAGCAGAGAUAAAGAUGACGACAGUAAGAAGCAAAAGAAACGAGGUCGUCCUCCUGCUGAAAAACUCUCGCCUAACCCUCCCACGCUCACCAAGAAAAUGAAGAAGAUUGUGGAUGCAGUAAUUAAAUACAAGGAUGGCAACGGAAGACAACUGAGUGAGGUGUUUAUUCAGUUGCCGUCUCGUAAAGAGCUACCAGAAUAUUACGAACUCAUUCGCAAACCUGUGGACUUCAGGAAGAUCAAGGAGCGCAUUAGAAGUCAUAAGUACCGCACUCUGAACGACCUGGAGAAAGAUGUCAUGCUUCUCUGUCAGAACGCUCAGACCUUCAACCUGGAGGGAUCACUGAUCUAUGAGGACUCUAUCGUGCUGCAGUCUGUGUUCACCAGUGUGAGGCAGAAGAUCGAGAAAGAGGAAGAGAGCGAGGGAGAAGACAGUGAGGAGGAAGAGGAAGAGGCAGAUGAAGGAUCAGAGUCUGAAUCUCGUUCAGUGAAGGUGAAGAUAAAGCUGAAUCGAAAGGAAAAGGUGGAGAGAGGAAAGGGAAGACGCCGAACCGGACGCAGUUGGCGCCCUAAACCUGUUGUUAGUGACGACGAAAGUGAGGAGGACCAGGAAGAGGAGCAUUCUCCUAGUGGCAGCGAGGAAGAUUAAACCUUCUUCAGGACCAAUCACAACUCUAGUUCACUUCUGCUGCAGAUAUGUCAUUUUACAUGAGAUCUGUCAAACGGCCACUCCUGAGGGGCCUAGAACAGCACAUUUUUUAGAGAGAGGACAUGUAUACGAAAACGAUUAAAUGAGAAAAAUUACACUGUAAAAUGCAGAAGAAAACCCUUCCAUUUGCUUAUUUAAGCAGACGAUCUCCAUUUAUGUAUAGCAAGACAGUUGGAAGUAUUGAGCAUAUGUUUCUUUCCAUAUUUGUUUUUAUGAUUUUUCUCAAAGACAUGACAUAAGAUGGACAGAAAUCUGACAGACUGACUCACAGUGGACCAAUAAGAGCGGAUCAUGUUUCAAUGUCCUCUUAUUGUUUUUAGCCGUGUGAACGUCACCCCUUCUCCCCCCCCCCCAAGAACCCAGAAUGCAUGUUGUUUGUGGAAAACGCAGCCAAUUGGUUCUCUUUCUGUUUUUCUCUUGAUCUCUCUGUUUAAAUUAAGAUUGCAAACAGGAUUAAGGUACUUCUUCCUUUAUAGACUUACUGUCAGGAGAAAUGGGGGAGAAUAGGGUGUAGGAUUCUGUACUGUGUCAGUGUCACUGGAUUUCCAAAAUGCACAAUAAAGCCUCUCAGAAAUA